GUAACUAGUACCAGACAACUCACUUCUCUGCAUCGAACAUUCACCACCGAUGGCAUCGAACAUUGACCAUGUCAAGCAGCAGCCCUUGCUCAUCGUGGCGAUGGGCGUGUCCGGAACCGGCAAGUCGACAUUAGGACAAGGCCUUGCAGACGCCAUCAACAUGCCAUUCAUCGACGGUGAUCAGCUCCACUCUAAAGCCAGUAUCGCCAAAAUGGCCUCAGGACACCCUUUGACGGACGAAGAUAGAGAGCCGUGGUUGAAUCUUAUACGUACCAAAGCAGAGCAAGUCUGCGCAGAACAACGCCUUGAUUCCUCGUCCAAGGCGAUAAGGCCAGGCGUCGUAGUAGCUUGCUCAGCCUUGAAAAAAUAUUAUCGCGACAUCCUGCGCGGAAAGAGAGAAUCCAACGACCCUUCCCAACAGACAAACCCAGAUGCGACCAAGCCUGACGCGCUAUCGACGUGCUUUGUCUUCCUGAAAGGCGACAAAGACGUCAUUUUGGAGAGAAUGCAGAGGCGAACAGGGCAUUACAUGAAGGCGAACAUGCUCGACAGUCAACUGGCGACCUUAGAGAGCCCUGAGGGCGAAGAUGGCGUGGUCGUCAUUCGCAUCGAAGAUCAGCCUGCGGAGCAAGUGAGAAAGGCGCGUGAGGGGUUAUGCCGUCUAGUUGGACCAGUGUAGAGCGCGCGCGUCUGACGUUCCAUUUUAAUCUUGGGGUAAAAAAAGUUGCGGCAAUAAAAACAUUUUUUUUUAUUAGCGCCAGAACCCGUCCCUCUUCCUCCAGACGUACAGGCGUACCAAGGGCUGCAUUGCCCUAACUAAGACUUGGUCUGACAGGCGGCCAAAAGCCACCUAG